CCCUCAAUAUUCUCCGUAGAACGUGCUUGCUUGCCAACUUGAUUUAGUAGUGUGGUAGAAAGUCUUCUGAAGAACCAGCAUCUCUGCAGGUAGCAGGUUAAUUUAUCACAACACAUCAUGGCAGAAAAUCAAGCAAUGUCUGAACUUGAGCAGAAGGUGGCAAGACAGAUUGAGUACUACUUUGGUGAUCACAACCUUCCAAGAGACAAGUUCCUCAAAGAACAGUUGCAGCUCGAUGAUGGCUGGGUGACCCUGGAGACUAUGCUGAAGUUUAACAGACUGAAAUGCUUGACAACCGAUCCCAACGUAAUUGUUGAGUCUCUGAAAAAAUCCAAGACUGGCCUUUUGGAAAUGAGUGAGGAUAAAACAAAAAUCAGGAGAAUUUCAAGCAAGCCUUUACCAGAACUGAAUGACGAGUACAAAGAUGCCCUCAAACACAAAUCUGUGUACAUUAAAGGUUUUCCAUUGGAGACGACGCUUGAUGAAAUUGAUGGGUGGCUGAAAGGGAAAGGCGUCAUCGAAAACAUUCAGAUGAGACGAAACUUGCAAAAGAAGUUCAAGGGCUCCGUGUUCCUGACUUUUGACACUGAAGAAGUAUCAAAGCAGUUCCUUGGACGCACAGACACCAAAUCAUUCAAAGAAAAUGAAAUGAUUGUACUGUCAAGAGAGGACUACCAUGCAAAGAAGGCAGAGGAUAGAAAACAGUUAAAAGCGGAGGCAAAGGCUAAAGCUAAACAAGACAAGGACGAAAAACAAAAGCAUGCAGAGGAAGAGGAAAUGAAAUCUCUGGAUGAGCAGACCGGAUGCCUGCUGAAGUUCUCAGGCAAUCUUGACAGUGUUUCAAGAGAGGACUUUCACGAGGUUUUCUCAGGUCAUGGUCAAAUCAAAUGGAUUGAUUUCAUCAGGGGUGCCAAAGAGGGUACCAUCCUCUUCAGAGUGAGUGCUAAGGAAGCUUUUGAUAAGGCCAAAGAAGCAAAUGGAGGAAACUUGAAAAUUAAAGACAAAGAUGUUACUUGGGAGGUGGUGGAGGGAGAUGCUGAGAGGGAAACUCUGAAAAAGAUAAUUGAAGACCAACAGGAAUCUCUCAACAAACAAAGAGGCAGAGGUGGCCGAAAAUCAGGUGGGAGAGGGGGGAGAGGAGGACGAAGGGACAGGGGUGGACGUGAUGGCAAAUCACACUACCAAGGCAGAAAGACCAAAUUUGAUGAUGGUGAUAAUGACGCACCUCCUAGUCCAAAGAAGCGAGCACUGGCAGGAGCGGGCAAAGACGCUGAUGCUCCAGCUGCAAAGGUUGCCAAAACUCCGAAUGGUUCUUAGAAAUGAUAUCUACUGCACAUCUCAAUGAAAUAUUGCAUUUGAAAAGGAACUAACUGAAAACAUAGAACAACUUUAUUCCAUUCCAGUGGAGGCUUCAAGAGAACUGUAGACCACCUUGAUGUCAACCUAGAAAACAAUUUGUAAUGCAAAUGAAAACGGUGAAUUUCUACCCUGAACAUCAUUUUUUUUUUUUAAUGGGUUUGUCUUAUUUAAUAUGGAUUUAAUUUGUUGACUGCGUCUGAACAUGAUUUCAUUUCAACAGGAGUGUAUUAUGCUUGUAUUAUGCUUGUUCGUCACCUCCGUAUGAAGACGUGCAUGUCAAUAGAAAGUUGUUAAUCAGUGGCAUUAAAUUUUUCCUCAAUUAUUUUAAUUGUGUAUACUGUUCAAUCCUAAAGCCCAGUUCUAGGUUCUUCCUAAUUUACUUUUUUGAAUAGCCGAUAAAAUGUGAUUUUUAAAUUGACAGACUUUUGUUAACAUUGCCCUUUAAUGAUGUAGAUUUUUGUGGAACUUGUAGGACGCUGGCAAGUCACAUCUUAGCUCUGUCAAGGAGAGAAACACGGGCAGGAUCGAUUUGUAUACUUGUUCGGCAUUUGUUACCUGCUAUUCCAAGUUAUACUCUUUUGUCACUUGCUUUCUUCUGUAUGUGCUGAAAUUCUGCAAAAAGAGAAAUUGGACAACCAAUUAUGACAGACGUUGAUGGAGUAAUACACCACAAUUGAGUGUUCUGAAAACUUACAUCUCGUGUUGAUGUUUUUUGACAGGACUAUACUGCUGUCAUUACCAUAGUUAAAGCGGUCCUCAAACUGCAUGUCCAAACCUUUAUUUAAUUUAAAUUUUUUAGAAAGCGAUCAAGGUUUCUCAACUUUUUAUAUUUGAAGUGAGAACUUGCCUUGGUUGUGUUUGGUACCAAACGGGGGAUUCAUUAUCACGGUGUCAUAUUCCUUGGCAUAUCCAUGGGCUCUCAGGAAACGCAUGUUACACUGGAUCAGGUCUUAGAAUAUCUCCAGUGUAUCGUCAAUGGCAAACCCAACAAACUAAGAAAGAACUGAAAAGUUAUAGUGGAGUAUUAUUUUCUUACCCUGCAUCAAGCAUUGCUGCACCAAUGUUAAGAACUCAGCAUCCCAAAUCUGCAACCAAUUUGCCUUUGAUGUCAUGUGUUGUGGAUUGUAUAAAGCAUAUUUUAUUUAACCAGA